AUGGGGCAGACACAGCCGACACAGAACAGUGAGGAGAUAGAUGUCAAGGCCAUUCAGGACAUGUACAGAAAGUUUGUGAUGGAGUGCCCGAGUGGACGACUUUUCCUGCACGAGUUCAAGCGAUUCUUCGGCGUGGAUCCUACGGGGGAAGCGUCGGAAUAUGCAGAGAACAUGUUUCGAGCUUUUGACAAAAAUGGGGACAACACCAUCGAUUUUCUGGAGUUUGUGGCAGCGCUGAAUCUGGUGUUUCGGGGAGAUUUGGAGUGUAAACUGCGCUGGUCCUUCAAGGUGUAUGACAAAGACAACAAUGGAUUUGUGGACAGGAAGGAGCUGCGGUCAAUAAUUGAUAGUAUCUACCGGCUGAAGAAAGGCCAGAAGACGGGCGGUCUGGAUGGACAGCUCACAGUCGAUGAGGUUGUGGAUCGAAUAUUUCAGGCUGUUGAUAGAGAUGGCGAUGGAACCAUCAGCAUGGAUGAGUUUAUUAGAGGUGCCAAGCAGGACCCCUGGCUCUUAAACCUGCUGAAGCUGGACAUGAACCCUUCCUUAUGGAUGAUGGAGCAGAGGAGAAAGAGUGCACAGUUCUAA